UUCUCUUCCGGGUGAUGGCGGCCGGUGCCCCGGACGUACCCCUGGCGAAAGCCUCUCUCUUUUUCUUUCCCCUGCGCCUCCCGUGGAUCCCUAGGCCGGAUCUGAUGCGCAGCAGGUGAUUAUUCGUUGGCUGCGCCCUUCGGAGCCGAGCGGCCUCUCCCAGCUCCCUUAGUCCGCACCUUUCACCUGGGCGCCGCUUGGGGAGCCCCUGUGUGCGGUCAUGCCGAAGAGGAAAGUGACCUUCCAAGGCGUGCGAGAUGAGGACGACGACGACGACACCCGGGUCCCCAGGAAGAAGCUGGCGGACCCGGGCACUGGGGCAGGCGGUCCUGGGAGCCGCUUCAAAGACAAGCACUCCUUGGACAGCGACGAGGAGGAGGAUGACGACGAGCGGCCCAGCAAGUACGACAUCCUGGCUUCAGAGGAUGUGGAGGGUCAGGAAGCAGCCACACUCCCCAGUGAGGGAGGUGUGCGGAUCACACCCUUCAACCUGCAGGAGGAGAUGGAGGAAGGCCACUUCGAUGCCGAUGGCAACUACUUCCUGAACCGGGAUGCUCAGAUCCGGGACAGCUGGCUGGACAACAUUGACUGGGUGAAGAUCAGGGAGCGGCCACCUGAUCAGCGCCCGCCGUCAGACUCCGAGGAGGAGGACGGCCUGGGCCAGACACCAAUGAGCGCCCAGGCUCUCCUGGAGGGCCUUCUGGAGCUGCUGUUGCCAAGAGAGACAGUGGCUGGAGCGCUGAGGCGUCUGGGGGCCCGAGGAGGAGGCGGCAAAGGGGGCGGCAAGGGGGCUGGGCGGCCUAGUUCCCCCCAGCGCCUGGAUCGGCUGUCUGGGUUGGCUGACCAGAUGGUGGCCCGGGGCAACCUUGGUGUCUAUCAGGAGACAAGGGAACGGUUAGCCAUGCGGCUGAAGGGGUUGGGGUCCCGGACCCAGGGACCCGCUGAGCCCACACCACCCCCCUCUCUGGACAUGUUUGCUGACGAAGUGGCCGAGGGAGAGCUGGAGACUCCGACUCCUAGCCAGAAGGGAGCAGCAGAGUCGCCAGGAGAUGGUCUGGUGGACGUCAUGUGGGAAUACAAAUGGGAGAACACGGGGGAUGCUGAGCUGUACGGCCCCUUCACCAGCACCCAGAUGCAGACCUGGGUGAACGAAGGCUACUUCGCAGACGGAGUUUAUUGCCGGAAGCUGGACCCUCCCGGUGGACAGUUCUACAACUCCAAACGCAUUGACUUUGACCUCUAUACCUGAGCUGGCCAGGGGCCCAGUUUGGUGUCCCCUUCUUUCCUGGACUCUGGAGGAGGCCCCGGCUGCCUCAGGCAGGGAGGAUUUGGGGGCCACUUUUCAGUCAAUUUUCCUUUUCCAAUAAAAGCCUUUCGUUGUACAUCA